ACGAUGAAUUGAUUUUACUCUAUUCUAGAUAAUCCAAGCCCAAUGUUUUUAUUUUGUAAACAAAAAUAAAAACACGUGUUUUAGUUUUAGAUCUAUGUUAUUUCUGAAAUGGGAAAGAAAAGAAAAAAUAAUGAUGCCUCUGAAUCUUCAAGAUCUAUGGAUGGAAAUACGGUUCAGUUGGAAGGCAUAUCUACAGUUGGAAAUGUUGCAGACAAUGACACAAACAUGUUGGUGGUUAUUCCAAAGAAAAAGGCCAAGAUUAAAACAAAAGUUGUUGAGAAGAAAGUAAAAAAACUGAGCAAAAAGGAACGCAAACGACUUACUGACAUCAUCCAAAGAAAAGAAAACAAAGAGCGGAGAGCAAAUUUAUUAGAGGCAUUGUCCAAAAAUCAAGCAUCUGAAGAAGAAAUGAAAAGAUUUACUUCAAUCACAGAGGUUUACACCCAAAACUACAAAAGUGAUCUGGCUGUAGGAGAUACAUAUGAAAUGAAAAUCAACUCCAUCAAAAGAACAAAAAGGAAAAAGAAGCCAAUGAAAGUCAUAGAAGAUAAAGAAGAAGAUCCUGAAUCGGAAGACACAGAUCAAAUGUCAACUGAUGAGGAAGUAGAGGCCAUAAUGGAGGAACAAGCUUCUGCUCAAACAAAAGAUGAUGUUACAGUGGAAGCUAGCAGCAUAGAUAGUAUAAACCAACCUCUUCAAGCAGAGAUUGAGCCUGCUAAAAAUCCUGACUCAAAACCUGCUGACUUACAACCUGUUAAAAAUGCUGACUCUAAGCCUUCUGUGUACAUGCAUUUGAAUCGAAUUCCAGAAAUGCAGGCAGCAAGGUUAAAGCUACCGAUUCUAGCUGAAGAACAGGUUGUCAUGGAAACUAUAAAUGACAAUCCUAUAGUAAUUAUCUGUGGUGAAACUGGUUCUGGAAAGACUACUCAAGUUCCUCAGUUUCUUUAUGAGGCUGGAUAUGCACAUCAGUCUGGCAUAAUCUGUGUCACUGAACCAAGGCGUGUGGCAGCUAUCAGUAUGUCCAAACGUGUGGCAGCAGAAAUGAAUUUAACAGACAGGGAGAUAUCCUAUCAGAUUAGGUUUGAGGGCAACACAACUCCGGAGACUAAGAUCAAAUUUGUAACAGACGGUGUCUUACUGAAAGAGGCUCAGCAGGAUCCCUUGCUGACAAAGUACAGUGUCAUUAUCAUUGAUGAAGCUCACGAAAGAAGUGUUUAUACAGACAUUUUGAUUGGGUUGCUCUCUAUUGUUCUGCGACAGAGAGCAAAGCGUGGGAGGCCUCUUAAAUUAAUAAUUAUGUCUGCAACCCUUAGAAUUGAGGACUUUACAAGCUCUGUCCUGUUUAGAUAUUCAAAACCACCACCAAUAAUUAAGGUAGAAGCACGUCAGUUUCCUGUCACUGUUCAUUUUAAUAAGAAAACAAUUGAAGAUUAUGUUAGUGAAGCUUACAAGAAGGUUUGUAAAAUUCACAGAACUCUCCCAGAGGGAGGCAUUCUUGUUUUUGUUACUGGACAACAAGAAGUGCAUACACUUGUACGAAAACUUAGGAAAAUGUUUCCUUAUAUACCUGGCCAAGCUAACCUGGAGCCAACUAAAAAAGAAUCUAGAAGAGAGAGACAAAGAAAAGAGAAACUUCUGCAAGAAGAAAAAAAAGAAUCAUUACUUGAAGAUGUUAAAAAGAUAGACUUAAACAGCUUCUCAGUGCUGCCCCAAGACGAUGAAGUGGCAGAAAAUGAUUACAAUAUUGAUGUCAACUCUGAUGAGGAAAACACAGAACUGAAGGAAGAAGAGGAUGAGGAAGAAGAUUUGAAGGCUAUGAUGAAAGAAGAGACCCCAGACAGCAGUAUACCACUGUAUCUUUUACCUUUGUACUCCCUUCUGUCAAGUGAUAAACAAGCUCAGGUAUUUGAACCAGCUCCUGAAGGUUGUAGAAUGUGUAUUAUUGCCACCAAUGUUGCAGAAACUUCACUUACCAUUCCCAACAUCCGAUAUGUAGUGGACACUGGAAAGACCAAAACAAAAUUCUAUGAUAAAGUGACAGGAGUGUCCACAUUUCGAGUUACUUGGGUAUCACAGGCUUCAGCUAACCAGAGAGCUGGACGUGCAGGACGUAUGGGUCCUGGUCAUUGUUACAGGUUAUACUCAUCAGCAGUGUUUAGUGACUUUGAGUUAUUUACACCUCCAGAAAUCACCAGACGUCCUGUGGAAGACUUGGUCUUACAAAUGAAGAGCAUGAGGAUUGAUAAAGUUGCAAACUUUCCAUUUCCAACACCUCCUGCCAAUGAGCAAAUUAAGGCUGCUGAAAGUCUGCUUAUGUCCCUUGGUGCUUUACAUCCUGUAGGGAAUCAGUCCAUAAGAUUUAAUGACUUGAAAAAAGUCAAAAGUCCAGUCAUUACAGAUCUUGGGAUGGUCAUGGCUACCUUUCCUGUCGCUCCUCGUUAUGCAAAAAUGUUGAUGCUGGCUAAGACCUACAAAGUGCUGCCUUAUGCUGUAGCUUUAGUUGCGGCUUUGUCUGUUGAUGAGCUAUUCAUAGAUUCAAUCCAACCUUCGGAUGCUGAGGGUGAUAAAGAGAAAUGGCUGUCAAAAGUCGCCAAAUUGAGUAUUUUUAGGUCUAAUUUUAUUGGUAAUGCUUUUCUUCUUGGUGACAUGAUGGUACUUUUAAAAGCUGUUGGUGCCUGUGAGUCUGAAGGAUGUGCUGUGUCAUUUUGUGAACGACUGGGAAUCAGAUUUAAAGCUAUGAGAGAAAUCAGAAAACUUCGAAUCCAGUUGACCAAUGCAGUAAACACAGCAUUUCCAGAAGAAGAUUUGGUUGUUGAUCCUAAUUUACCUCCUCCUAAUGAAGAACAAAAUUUGGCUUUAAGGAAGAUUGUUUUAGGUGGACUGGCUGACCAUGUGGCUAGACGCAACCCAGCCCCACCACCAGGUGCAGAUAAAACUGAAUGCAACCGUUUGAAAGGUUCCUUUCAGUGCAUGCAGCUUGAGGAUCUUGUUUACAUACACCCAGAGUCUGUCAUGUUUAAAAACAAGGACGUGGAGUUUGUUGUUUACCAGUCAAUGAUAGAGACAUCAAGGCUAUACAUGAGAGGUUUGUGCUGUAUUGAAGCACAUUGGUUCCCAGAGUUAGCCCCAAGCUACUGUGUACUGUCUAAACCUUUAGAGGAGCCGCCACCCAGAUAUGACCAGAAAACUGGAAAAGUCUUUUGUCAUCGGUCAGGAUCAUUUGGUAGGUGUAACUGGGAAUUCGCACCAACGGAGAUGGAAUUCCCAGACAGUGUAGAGAGUUAUCGCUGGUUCGCAAAGUUCCUAUUAGAUGGAGAUGUUUUUCCAGCCCUGGCACGUUUUAAAUCAUCUUUAUUGCUGAAUGCAUCUACAAUGGUAAAGUCAUGGGCAAAGCUGCAGCCUAAAACUGAUACAGUUUUAAAAGUACUCAUUAGUAAAGAAGCCAAGACUCGAGACAGACUAAUUGGAAUAUGGAAAACUGAACCACUUUUCUUUCAAGCUGAGUAUUUAGAAUGGAUUCCUGAAAGUCUUCAUGGUGAAGUAAUUACAUUGUGGCCUCCCUUGGUGUCAAAAAGCUGAAUGGAAUCUUGUACAUGGACACUAUCUCUUGUCUAAAUGCAGACAUCCAUGUUUGCUUGUUGUUUACUACUUAUUUAUUUUGUAGAUAUGUCUGAUAACCAUGCUUCUGAUGGAGGAAGUUUUGCUGUAAUGAUUACAAAUAUCAAUAAACGAAGUCAUUUGUGAA